CGGCCGCGGCGUCCCGGGCCCUCAUUCUUUCGCCGACCGUCGCGCAGAGUGCACAGUUGUCUCGUGCGUGUGCAGCGUUUCCCCGCCCGACGCGCACGCCCUUCUUUUUUUACACACACACACAGCACACACACACACACGGCGCAGCACACGGAGCGCGCUUGCAACCUUUUUAACGCCGCUGAUUUUUAACCGACACACAGUUUUUACAUUCACACACACACACGCACAGGGGAAUACAUACAGUGCUCAGUGUGAGAAGUACAUGCUAACCUUGUGCAGCGGGUCAGUGAGAGCGCGCAGAAACACGACAGUUUUGUACUACAUGAUCAGCUCUAGUGCCUAGUAGCCCCCGCAACCACCAGACCAACACACGCCGAAAGUGAACUUGUGCGUUGCCGCUGCUUCGCGAGAGUGAGAUAUUUGAAUUUGUGUGCGACAAGUGCGCGCGUAAAACCACACACCCGAGGACCAGGAGACUCUGCGCUGCGCGGAUCCGUCAGCCAGCGAUCAUCCUACACAAGGAGCAGCGGGAGAUCCCGAGAUAACCAGAGCAAAAGUCUGAAAGAAGCGGCCGAGGCUCGCGGCGUAGACAUAAUCUCCGUAAAGCAGAGCUAAAAGGAAGCGAAAAUGGGAGCACGACAGAGCAGAAGGUCCGUUGACAUAACGACGACACCGAAGAAGGAGGGCAUCCCGGCCGAGGGCGGCGUCGCCGGCGACGGCCCCGAGAAGAUCGAGAAGCUGGGAAUGAUCGAGGAGGCCGACGCCAAGCCAACCACGAACGGCGUGGCGCCUCACACGGACUCGGCCGAGGAUAAGGACAAGGACAAGGACGAGGCCACCGAGAAGGAUCAGGAUAAGGAGAAGCAGCCAGAGGAGGCAACAGCGGCGGCAGCGGCAACCAAGGAGGAAGAGAUGCCCGCAGCUGAGGCAGCAGCCAAGGAGGAAGAGAAGCCCGCGGAGGCAGCGGAGGCUGCGCCCGCGAGCGAGGUCACGACGCCCACCGAGGCCGCCUCUCCUGCCAGCCCCAACGCCACCUCGCCAGACACCAAGGAGGCCAAAAAGAAGGAUAAGAGCAAGAAGAAGUGGUCCUUCAGGUCGAUCAGCUUCAGCAGGAAAGAUAAGAGCAAACCGGUGCGCGAGGCCACGCCGAAGAAUGGAGACGUCGCCAAGGAGGAGCCUUUGACAGAGGGCGGCGAGGAGGCCGAAGCCGCGGCAGCAACGACGGCCGCCACCCCCGAGGACAAGUCCGCCGUGAACAGCCCGACGGAGGAGUCGAAGGAGGCCAAGGAGGAGAAGAAGCCCGCCGAGGAGAGCAAGCCCGCCGAGGAGACCGCAGCAGCUGCUGCCGCUGCCCCUGCCAAGGAGGAGCCAGCCAAGAAGGAAGAGGCCGCAGCCGUCGCCGCUGCUCCAGCUCCGGCCGCUGAACCAGUAGCCGCUGCUGUCGCCGAGAAGCAAGUCGAGGUCAGUCCCGGCACCGAGAACCAGCCGAUCGAUACCGCUACUACCGCUACCACUACUACCUCGUCGUCUAUCACUGAGAGGAAAACCACUGAGGAAAUCAGUCUCCUUAGUCCCUCUGUCGUAACCUCCACCGUCACCUGCACCGCCAACACCGCGUCCGCCCUGCCCUCCAGUCCCCCGCCGACGCCCAUCGAUCCCUCGCCCCUGCAGCAGGCCCAACAAGCCGCCCCGACUGCCAGCGCGCUCGCCGAGGCUCUUAAGCUGCCUCACGAGACGCAGGAGCUCAAGCUCCGGGAGGAGGAGCUCAACGAGCCCAAAUUUGUCGCCCUCGCUACUGAGCAGCCUCCCGUUGUCGAGGAGGUCCUCACGAUCCGAACAUCUCCGGUCGUUGAAACUGCUCCAGUAGUCGAGCCCGAGCCCGUUGUCGAGGCUGCACCUCUCGUCGAAGUGGCUCCAGUGGUCGAGGCUGCCCCGGUGGUCGAGGAGAUAACCGUUGUCGAGACCGAGCCGGAGCUACCUCCUCCUGCACCGGUCCAAGUGGCUGAGCCAGAGCCGGUCGAUCCCGAAAUCGCCAAGCUCGAGGAGGAGCUCAAGAAGACCCUGGAGGCUCAGUUAGAAGACGUGCCUCCGCCGCUACCCGACUCGCCCGUGCCUCUCGAAGUCAUCGCCUCCAAGAUCGCGAGCUUCGCCGCCACGACGAUGCAGGACGCCGUCGAGACGAUCCUCGAUACACUGCCCGAGCCGCCCACUGCUGAGCAAACGUUCGACUCGCUGGACAUGCUGCCGCCGCCCGAGCCUCAAGAGCAGCCCGAGCAACCCGAAUCCAACGAUCGGCCCGCCAACGACGAAGAGGACUCGGAAGAGCUGCCGCUGCCGCCCUCGCAGCAAGAGGAGAUCUUGACCGACGAGGUCGUGGUUAGCGACGCCGCCGAGGACGAGAUUCACGUCCAGGAAUCCAGCCAGCCAGAAACCACGAUAACGACCAUCACCACCACAACGACGACGACGACGAACGACGUAGAAGAGGCUCCCACGCCCCUGCUGUUGAACGGCAUCGGCCAGCAUGAUGACGAAGAGGAAGAGGAGGACGAGCAGGAACCCGAGAUCGUGCAGAACGCCCCGGAGCCAGAGGCGGCCGCUGUCGUUGAGGCACCUACGGAGAACGGCGUGGCGGAUGAGGCUCCUAAGAGCCCCCCGCCCGCUGUGCCCGUCGAGGCACCCGCACCCGCACCCGCCAUCACAGAGGAUGUUGCUUCAGUGACCAAGGCUAUUGAGGAAAUUGACAUCAGUGAGAAGGCUGUUGCUGCAGCUGUUAAUGAAACUAUUGAGAGUGCUGGAGUGAAUGAAAUUGUCGCUGACUCAGUCCACCAAAACAACUUGAAUGAAUAAGCGCCGCUAACCGAAUUGUAUUUUGGGAAGAAGAUACUUUUUUCUCUCGUUAAACCAAAAAAGUAUAUUAUAUAGAUAUGUAUAUUUGGACCAUUCCUGCAACAAAACCGAAAAUGACGUUCUUUCGUUACGAGCAGCAACAAAAAAAAAAAUAAUAAAAAUACGGAGCGACGACGAUGUCUACUAAAUGCGGAGCGCGACAUCGCGAGAGCAUACAGACUUUUUAUAGUAGGCCUAUAUUAAUUAAUUAUAUUACGGCACUUGACAGCAAGCGAAUAGACGGGACAGGAGAGUGUAGUUUUUUCAGGGCUACGGUCGAUUUAUUUAAGACGGAAAUAAUUAAAACUGCAAGCGCCAGAUGAAAAAAAGAAUGAUAGGAAAAAGAAAACAUAAGAUAAACGAAAGCGCAUAAAAGAGGCAGAUUAAAGAAAAAUGAAAGAAAAAAUAUGACUCGAGCGACCGUCGACGAUCUUUUCCGGUUUUACAAAUCGAGAGUCAUUGCCGAUUUAUAAUCUAUUUCGCGAGGCGAGCAUACGAGCAAGAAAGUGUUUUAAUACUGGGCCGUGCCCAGCCGCAGGUUACGAUGAUAUUGCCCUGCAGUGUAGAAAUUUUAAAGUGUCAUUAAUUGUUAUUAAGAUUAAUAUUAAUAAUGAAAGGAGAGCAGCAUUGCGUGCGGCGGCAUUCAACUGGCGAUAGAGGACGAGCGCAUUGACAUUUUUUCCUUCGAUCGCGAGUUUGUCGCUUAUCGUUGUGUACUCUGCGGGAAAUACUCAGAAUGAAAAAUUAUAAAAUAGAACAAAAAAAGGAAAGAAAUGAAAUGAAAAGAGUGGCAGCCUCCCGUAACCAUACUACUAUUGUAUACUGUAAAAGAAGCGUGGAAGGAAAGCGAGAAAGAAUAAAAUGUGGCGAGAUUUGAUUGGCGAGGCUUUUUAAAAUAACAUGAAUUUGAAAGAAAAAAAGAAACGACGGACGCGAGAGAGUUUGUGCGCGAUUGUGUGUUCAACUGAGAAAACUGAAUGAAUGCAAGCAUGAAAGCGCGCGAAAGAGAUGAUAAUGAGAAAGGAUUUGAUGAAACGACGGCCAACAGAUAAGCGAAGAAAGUAUGCUCGAACAAACGAAAAUAAUUAAAUUGCAAGUGCGAUGGAACGGAAAAGAAAAUGAUAUUCAAUUUGAGGAUGUACGUCAAUGGUAUAUUAUUACAUAUACUCGUUGAGCACGCGUUUUCGGUGAUCGUAAAAAGGUGUUAAUAUGCACGAGAGAACAUAAUAAUCUGCUUUUGUGAUUUCUUCUUUUCGCUACUUUUGUACUUGUACAAUCAACGAUAAACAAGACUGCAGGUGCAAACUCUUCCAUGCGAAACAAAACGACAAAAAACUAAGCCUAAAUGCUGCGAGUACACAAAAAAAUUCAUGCAUCACACGGUACACAAUACAUGAUUAGAGAAAAUAUAAGAUACAUAAACUCGAGCAGUGUAAGUGAUAUAUUAAUCUAGACGUAGGGAAUGCGUUUGUGUAAAUUCAGCGUCUGUUCGAAAAGUCGAAAAGAACAAAAUAUGCCACUUUUUACACGUGAGACAAAGUCCAUCGUAAUCUCUUUUUGAUGAAUAUUGCCAGAUUUACAAUAAAAUAAGAAUUUCGCACAAAAAUACAAAAAAAAGACAAAACAAAGACACAAUUUUACAAUUGUCAGCCAGAACGUAACCUUUUUCAAGUUUUCAUACCACGUUUCUACGUUUAUACGGAUCUCCCAAAGCGAAGCGACAACUAAUCCUAAAUAACCAUUAAAGAGGAACUUUUUCAUUAAGACCGUAGCGUAGAGACCAAUAUAAUUAAUAAAAAAAAAAAGAAUUUACACUAUUAGAAAGGAGUAAAUGAUUAAAAAAAAUAAAGCCGUGAAAUCGCAUAUAUGCUCUAUACGUAUAUGCUCCUUACCCGGAUUGAAAUAGAACAAAAUACUGAAAAUUUUUAAGUGUUAGCGAGCGAGAGAAGAAAAAAGAAAGGGAGAGUCUGCGGUCAUAAAGGUCCGCAAGAGCGGCAUUGAUUUUAAAAUCGAUAUAUUAUUAAUUAGUAAGGCGAGCCAGCGAGAAAGAGAGAGCGCGCGAGAGAGAGAGCGAGAGUGAGAGCGAGAAAGAGAGUAAGAGUAAGAGGAGUUAAAAUUAAAAAUUGUAUAGUAAACCUUAUUCGUAAUGGGAAUUUAAACAUUGUCUGUAAUAAUAUUUACAACGAAAUUCACCGUUUCCUCUCGGGACGAUUUUAAAGCUCAGCGACGAGAGCGAAUUAUUUUCAUUUGCGCACCCUUAUCGCCGUGUCGGACUCGUGAUCGCUUUUGAAAAUUCUUCGACAAGCAGAGCGGCUUUUACGAUCGUUUGCGUAUUGAGCGUCGGGAGCGAAAACCGCGCGAUUACGGUAUAUCUUCGUAUGCGGAAGUUUUCAAAUGCGAGAUUCACAGUCCGCAGUAUCUUUGAUCAGCAGUUAUAAUAGUAACUAAACUAUUCUACAUUUAUCUAUAACCUAUAAUAAACUGUGAAACAAGUGUA